GGCGUGCGCAGUUGCUGUUCUGCGUGUUGGUCCCAGCUCUUGAGCCGAGGGAGUGUGGUGCGUGCUGGUGGACGACAUGUUACAGGCUAUUGGUGCUGUGGACGAGGAAGAGGAGCAGGCAGAGGAGGAUUGUCCUGAAUUGGUCCCCAUUGAAAAGAAGCAAAGAGAGGAGGAGGAAAAGUCUGACCCCGGCGCUAAGAUCCCAGUCACAAUUAUCACCGGGUAUUUAGGUGCUGGGAAGACGACACUCCUGAACUAUAUUUUGACGGAGCAACAUAGUAAAAGAGUAGCAGUUAUUUUAAAUGAAUUUGGAGAAGGAAGUGCGGUGGAAAAAUCCUUAGCCGUCAGCCAAGGUGGAGAGCUCUACGAAGAAUGGCUGGAACUUAGAAACGGUUGCCUCUGCUGUUCAGUAAAGGAUAAUGGCCUUAGAGCUAUUGAGAAUUUGAUGCAGAAGAAGGGGAAAUUUGAUUACAUAUUGUUAGAGACCACAGGGUUAGCAGAUCCUGGUGCUGUAGCUUCUAUGUUUUGGAUUGAUGCUGAAUUAGGGAGUGAUAUUUAUCUUGAUGGUAUCAUAACUAUCGUGGAUUCAAAAUAUGGAUUAAAACAUUUAACAGAAGAAAAACCUGAUGGCCUUAUCAAUGAAGCUUCUAGGCAAGUUGCUUUGGCAGAUAUCAUCAUCAUCAAUAAAAUAGACUUGGUUUCAGAAGAGGAUUUAAACAAAUUAAGAACAACUAUUAGAUCAGUAAAUGGACUGGGAAAAAUUUUAGAAACACAAAGAUCAAGAGUUGAUCUCUCUAACGUCUUAGAUCUUCACGCCUUUGACAGUCUCUCUGGAAUAAGUUUGCAGAAAAAACUUCAACAUUUGCCGACAAUACAACCUCAUCUUGAUCAGAGUAUUAUUACAGUCACAUUUGAAGUACAAGGAAAUGCAAAGGAAGAAAAUCUAAAUGUAUUUAUUCAGAAUCUUCUAUGGGAAAAGAAUGUGAGGAACAAGGAUGGUGACUGCAUGGAGGUCAUACGACUAAAGGGGCUGGUGUCAAUCAAAGACAGACCUCAACAAAUGAUUGUCCAAGGUGUCUAUGAGCUGUAUGAUCUGGAAGAGACCCCAGUGAGCUGGAAAGAUGACACUGAGAGAACAAAUCGAUUGGUUCUUAUUGGCAGAAAUUUGGAUAAGGAUAUCCUUAAGCAACUAUUUAUAUCUACUGUGACUGAAACAGAAAAACGGUGGACAACAUGUUUUAAAGAAGAUCAAGUUUGUCCAUAACAUUAGAUGCAUUUCUUAUCAAAAGGAUUGGAUAAUAAUAUUAGAACUAUAGUUCCUCCUGGGUAUAUUUCAAACAUCUGUUCUUUGCAUUCUGCUGUGAAUUCCGGUGUGUGUUAAAAUUAUAUUUUAUAAACUACAUAUGAUAUAGUAAAUCAAUACUGUAAAACAUUUGCUAUUUACACAAUAAAAUACAAUAUCCUGUUUUUUUAAUAAAUGUUUCACAAAAAUGUCUUUCAGAAUUAGCUCUGAAGUUUAUAUAUACUGAGCUUUUUAUCCAUGGAAGUUACUGUAUUUAAUGAUGGUAAAACUUACUUCAGCAUUGUCAUUUUCCUUUAGAACUACAGCAUCUUGCAUAGAUAUAAUUAACAAAAACAUUUUGAAAGCAAAUAACGUCACCAUUUUUAUUAAAUGAAAUAAAAGGUUUGUUGUGCCUAGACACUUAAAGGUGGAAGAAAUCUGAAUCAAAUAAAUUAAUCGGAACCAUCUCUUCGUUUUAGUCAAUUGUAAGUCUUACUGAUAAUCAGUGUAAUGAAAUUUCAGCCACUUUGAAAUUUAUUUAGAAAAUUCUAAUUGUAGAACUUUUAAUUUUAAGUAGAUUUUACUACUGGUAUUAAAUUCAUUUUGGGUUCUUUGAACUUUUCAAGAUUUUAGAAUCAACUAGAAAGUGAUGAGGUACAAACCUUCAGAUAUAAUUGCAGAUAAUUUGAUAAUUCAACAAUCCUUACUUGUCUCCUACUCCUCUAAGAGCAGGUCAGCAUUAUCAGUAUUCAGAUUG